AUGCUGCUCACAGCAACGACCCCCUUCCUCAUCCAUGCUCUCAUUGAGACCCCAGCUGCCUUGACCUUCAUCCUGAAACCCUCAUCACAACUUCAACCGCUUCCUCAAUCGGCGGCUCUGAUUCUUCAGUCAUUUGGUGGCCUUCUUCUUACGAGUAACCUCAUUGCUCUCAUCUUUAUCCGGCGUCCGUUUGAUGACGCAACUCGUCAAGCUGCGCUCGCCUUUUCCUUCUGGCAUUUAUGGCCUACUUAUCGAGCUUAUAUGCGAAUGAAUGGCUAUACAGAGGAGGAGGCUUCAACAACCAAGACUUUGGGGGGGCCACUGGUGCACCUAGGAGUUCACAUUGUUUUGAUGACCAUGUUUCUUUGUACCUGGUAUUUUGGUAAUGCUUAA